AUGUGGCUGUGUGGAGAUUUAAAUUGUAAAUUUUUACUAAAAAUGAUGAAUGAUGUUGAAAUGAGUAGUUCAGUGGAAGGAGCGCAUGUUUCUGAGCUGGAUUCCUCGGAAAGUGUGCUUGCUCUGCUGGAGGAGAGUAAAGCCUCGAGUAAAGAACUUGGCCUUCAACAACUUGAUAAAGUCGUGGACUACUUCUGGCCUGAAGUUGUCGAUAACUUACCCUUACUAGAGGAUUUAUACCAGGAUAAGAGUUUUAAGUCCAGGAAACUCGCGGCUUUGGUGAUUAGUAAAGUGUACUAUCACUUGGAGGAGUAUACUCAGGCGUUACAAUAUGCACUAAACGCCGGAGAACAUUUUAACACUAAGCAGUACUCAGAGUACACUAACAUAAUCCUCGCAAAGGCCGUUGAAGAAUUCAUCAACGUCAACGUUGCCAAAUAUGAACAAGGCGAUAAAUUUCAACACCAAUUCGAUCAAAACACUCUAGAUUCGCUGGAGAUGUUGGUGAUGGGAAUGAUGUUUAGUAGUGUGUCGAGUGGUGAGGAGAACCAGGCGAUGGGAAUAGCGUUGGAUAGUAGGCGAAUCGACUUGGUGUUGAGGAUAUUUGAGUCUAGUUUAAGAAUCAGUAAGCUCUUAAAUUACACCAUAGGCCUGUUAUCAAAUGUGACCAGUAAGACAUUUAGAGACUUAGUGUAUGAGAAGCUGAGGGAUAUUCUAUUCGACUCCGUGUCCCUGUUGGAACUAAACUUCUCAAACCUCUGCGUGUGUCUUUAUCAAUUAAAUGAUCAUGAACGUAUGGCAUCACUUCUGAACGAGCUCAUACUCAGUGGGAAUCACCUGAAAGCGUUCCAAAUCGCAUAUGACCUCGUGGAUAUCGGAGAUCAAAAGUUUUUAAAAUCAGUUCAGGAAUCAAACUGCUUCACCUCAAACUCACUAAUGCUACAGAGACUUAAAUAUAUCCUCUCCGGCACCAGCACUAUUGAACUGUACCUCCAGUUUCUACACAGGAAAAAUCAUACCGAUCUCAGACUUCUCGAACAAGUCAUGACGAGUGUGGAUCAGAGGAAUAGUAUAACGCAUAAUGCGAUAGUGAUAUCGCAUGCGUUAAUGCAGGCUGGGACAUGUUGUGAUACGUUUUUGAGAGAUAAUUUAACGUGGCUUUCAAAGGCUAAUAACUGGUCCAAAUUCACCGCCACAGCCUCAAUCGGCGUUAUACACAAGGGAUUUACAAAUGAGUCGAAGAAAGUGUUAUCUUCGUAUUUACCAACGGAAUCUGGUGGCGGUUCAUAUUCCGAAGGCGGAUCACUAUACGCUCUAGGCCUGAUACAUUCGAACCAUUUUGAUGCAUCUUCAAAGGAAUUAUUGCUGAAUUCACUGAGAAAUGAAGGCGCCGAAGAAUCUGUACAUCACGGUGCUGCUCUAGGACUAGGACUCGUAUGCAUGGGACAAUGCGAUUACGAAUUGUAUGAAGAAUUGAAGGGAGUGAUGUUUAGAAACAGUGCAGUACCGGGACAAGCUGCAGCUAUAGCGAUAGGACUAUUAAUGCUGGGAAGCGGGAAUGAGAAUGUGGUUGAUGAAUUGUAUACAUUUUCCUACGAGACACAACAUGAAAAAAUUAUCAGAGCCUGCGUCAUCGCCAUCGCCAUGGUCCUCUAUCAACGUGAAAAACAUGCCGAUGCGAUUAUAAGUAAAUUAUGCCGUGAUAAUGAUGCCAUAAUUCGAUACGGCGGAAUGUUCUGCUACGCCAUGGCAUACUGCGGCACAGGAUCCUCUUAUGCGGUGAAGCAAUUACUGUAUGCUGCGGUAUCUGAUGUGUCUGACGACGUGAGAAGAGCAGCGGUGAUAUCACUGGGAUUUGUACUUUGUAACACUCCAAAUCAAGUCCCAAAAGUGUUAAAAUUACUCUCAGCUUCAUAUAAUCCACACGUCAGAUAUGGCGUAACAAUAGCCCUUGGAGUUAGCUGUGCCGCCUCAGGACCCUCCGAAGCCACAAAAAUACUACAAACACUCUCAACUGAUCGUAGCGAGUUCGUACGUCAAGGCGCGUUUAUUGGCUGGGGGUUGGUGUUACAGCAGUCGAGUUAUGAAAGUGCGAAUGAUAUGUUGGCGGUGACUGAGAAUUACCUAUCAGUGAUAUCAGACAAACACCAAGAUGUAAUGGCAAGAUUCGGCGCCAUUAUAGGCCUCGGACUCAUGUCCGCAGGGGGGCAGAAUUGCAUAGCGUCGUUGUAUACCGUGAGAGGAAAUAUGAGGAGAGAAGCCGUUGUUGGAUUCUUAAUGUUCACACAAAUGUGGUACUGGCAUUCAUACAUACACUUCGUAUGCCUCACAUUCCAACCCACAUGCCUAAUCGGGUUAACGGAGGACUUGAGAGUCCCGAUAGGAUACAAAGUGUUAUGUUCAGCGCCGCCAAAGCUAUUUGAUUAUAUUCCGCACCUGAGUAAGAACUUUUCCCAGGAUAAGAAAGAUGAAGUUACCGCAGUUUUAUCAAUCUCAGCAAAGAGAAACGCCUGGCUGUCACAUAAAACACACCCAGAACCUGAACCUGAAAAAACCACCAAAGCAGAUGACUCCUCAUCCAUACUCUCAGACGGGAAAUCUCUCCGUGCUGAGAUAAGUAGUAUAGCUGCAACGUUGGGACAUUCGAGUAGAGGCUCAUGUGCAGAUUCAAGUGUGGAUAACAACGGCGACAUCUCAAUGAGUAACAAUGGCGAUGUAUCAAUGAGUAACAACGAAGACAUGUCAAUGAGUAACAAUGGCGACAUUUCAAUGAUUAGUGAUAAUGAGGAUGUGUCAGUGUCGAAGAUGGGCAUAUAUGAUUCAGCAAUUGAGGGUUUGAAAUCAAAGCAUUUUGAGGCUUUUACCACACAGUUGGAUAAUCCAUGUAGAAUGUUACCAAAACAGGCCGUUUUCUGCACUUGUAAAGAUGACAGGUAUGAACCUGUGUUCCCAGACCGUAACUACGGAAUUACACUACUGGUCGAUAACCGUCCGGGAGGACCGGAAGAGUACCUCGUCUACGAUAGCAGUGAACCUGAAGCCCCACCCUUCACCCCCUUCAUUCUCGAUGAAUAACACUUUCAUACACUAUUCCAUUAAUUUGACAUUAAUGUAUACAAUUAA